AUGUCCGCCCAUCCGAGAACGUUCAACGGCUACGCCGCCUUCGACAACACUGGCGAAUGCAAGCCCUGGCAGUUCGAGCCGCGCCCGCUCGGCGACGAAGACGUCGAGAUCAAAGUGACGCACUGCGGCAUCUGCGGAUCGGACGUGCACACGCUGGACAGCGGCUGGGGCCCGACGCCGUACCCUGUCAAGAAUCUGGUCGUAGGCGAUCGCGUUGGUGUUGGAGCGCAGGCGUGGGCGUGCCUGAACCGCGACCCGAACGAUCACUGCCGCGACUGCGCCGGUGGCGAGGACGCCGUGUGUGACCAGAGCGUCUUCAUCAUCAACGCCGCCUACAAGGACGGCUCCCGUCAGCAGGGUGGCUUUGCCGACUUCAUUCGCGUUGACAACAACUACGCGUUCAAGAUCCCGGACGCGCUGCCUUCCGACGCGGCUGCUCCGCUCAUGUGCGCCGGCGCCACCGUCUUCACCCCGUUGAAGCAGGAGGGAGUCAAGGCCGGCGACCGCGUGGGUGUGAUCGGCAUCGGCGGCUUGGGCCACAUCGCCAUCCAAUUCAUCCGUGCGUUGGGCGCGACACCCGUCGCCUUCUCCGCGGCGGGCAGCGUGGACUUCCUCCUGCUCACAGCCGACGCCAAGGACAUGCCGUACGACCUGUACCUGGGCCUGGUGCGCAAGCGUGGCACGUUCAUCAUGGUGGGUCUCCCUCUCGACCAGGUGAAGAUCACGCCGUGGUUCUUGGUUCCCCGCGCUGUGCGCGUUCGUGGCAGCGCUAUCGGCAGCAUUCAGGACAUCAAGGACAUGCUGGAGGUGGCGGCGAAGGGCAAUGUGCGCCCGAUCAUCGAGAAGCUGCCGAUGAGCGAGGUGAACAAGGGGCUGGACUAG